AUGAUUUAAUACAAAAAUCACGAAACGCAAUAAUGAAAGUUAUCUCACGGAGUAAAUGUGAAAAACUUAUUUGACAAUCUUUCCAUUGAAGGUGUUUGACUUCAUGUUCGGUCAUUUUAUAAAGGAAUUUGGUAGUCUUAAUGGUGUGUGUUAGGUGUCUUUCUUUCAAGAAUGAUUUUAUACGAAAAUCAUGAAACACAAUAAUGAAAGUUAUCUCACGGAGCAGAUGUGAAAGACUUAUUUGACAGGUUUUUAAGAAGGCUGUGGAUGUGAUGGCAGCACAGGAAGCUCGAGGAGGUUGUGCACAGGAAAGCAGCAUUCCAUGCCUGGAAGGAGACACACCUCUAGAGGCAAGAUUUGAAUGUCCAAUCUGCUUGCAAUGUCUCUCAGAACCUGUCCUGACACCUUGUGGACACCGUUUCUGUAACAGCUGUAUCUGCGCAUGGUUAAAACGUGAGGGUGGUGUGUGCCCUGUUGACAACCAGCCACUCAACUCUGACAAGGACCUCUUUCCUGACAACUUCACCCGCAGAGAGAUUCAGGAGCUCGAUGUAAAGAACCAUCAGGGAGGAAUAGAGUCGGGGACGCAGGUGGUGGAGUGCAGUUUUCGAGAAGUUGGCUGUCUAGCAGCAGUGCACCCAGAUGAGCUGGCAGCACACCUGGACACUCAAAUACACUACCACACCAGUCUGCUGAGUACAGCAUACAGCAAGUUGCAGGUCUGUGUGCAGGGGCAGAAGAUGGAUGCAAAGGCACAAGAAGCAAGCAACCUCUGGGAGCCUGACAGCAAGGCACAGGUGCAUCAGAAUGGGCAGGAUGUUCAGCAGCCAUGGCAGGGACUAUUGCGGUCACUGUAUGAGCGUAUCGUGAUGCUGGAGCAGCGGAACCGGGAGCAGGACAUCCAACUUGAUAACAUGAAACGACAGUUGUUUGCAAACAUUGAUCAAGUUUCACAGGAUCUCGCUCUACGUUAUUGCAGUGGCACAUACUUGUGGACAGUGACUCAGAUAUCCAGCAAGUUGGAAGCCAUGGCAGCCAAUCCCACACGCUGCAUGUUCUACAGUCCAGGGUUCUACACUGCCCCCAAUGGGUACAGGUUCUGUGCACGGAUGAACCUGUCUCCAAAUGACCGCACACAGGUUGCUCUUCUAAUACAUCUGAUGCGAACAGACCAUGAUGAUAGUUUGGUCUGGCCAUUCACUGGACGUAUCACUUUCAUGCUUGUGAACGCCAAGGACUCGAGCCGACACGUGUGUGACACCAUGAUGUCACGUCCAGAAUUGGCUGCAUUCAAGCGUCCACUGCGAGACAUGAACCCGCGUGGAUUCGGGUACACAGAGUUUGUGUCAGUGCUCGAUCUGUCUACCCAGGGGUUUGUGACAUCGGAUGAUAGCAUUCUGAUCAAACUGCACAUUCUUGCUGUGUGAUUCAGAAUUCAUGCGAACAUCCCAAAUUAAUCACGGGUAAGUGUUUGAAGUGCCAUGUGCCAUGUGAACCAUCUUGACUGAAUCUUUAUCUUGAUCCAUAUACCAGUGCAGUGCCUUUAGAUGCCAUAGUUUGUCACACAUAUUGACAUUGAACAGGAAUUUGAUUAAGAUCAGAGUUUAUAUGGGUUACUGAAUGCAUAAAAUACCAUGAGCAAGUGCUGUCCUCACAUGGUCCCUCAUCAAAAGUGCUCAUGUUACACAGUGUUGUUCAACCUCUUGAAUUUUUGCUGAGCAGCAUAAGAAGUGUUGGAGGGAUCCUAAUUGCUCCAUUGUAGCUUGCGACAUGAAUGGGAGGGAAGGAAGUGUUGACUUAUUAAAUGCCAAGUUGGAAGUUAUAAAUCAGUGGCAAAAUUGUAGCAGUGGUUCAAUCAAAGAAAACCCCCCAAAAAACUGGAAAUGGGGACAUCAAUGUAAUUAUUUUGGAAUGGUUUGCAAGUGUGAGAGCUAGGAAUUUUCGAAUACAUGGACCAGUGAUAUGCGAACUUGCCUUCAGUUGUGGAUGUAUAGAAACCAAAGGAUAUUACAAAUGAUGAUGAACCAUGACUAUUUUUUGAUCCAUUACCGAGCAUAACUAUGUAUUUGGAAGGUGAAAAAUGUUCUGGUGGAAAACUCUGCAUAGAAAGGUUGACAAUUUUCCUUUGUGACUGGAGAGAUUAAAAAAUCUUUGGUUAAGUGGGAAGCCAUCAAACGGUUUCUUUUUAAGAACAUGGACAUAAAUAAACUCCCUGCUGACUUGAAAUAUAUCAAGAAAGCCUGGAUAACAUGUCAUGCAGGAAUGGCUGAGAGCAUUUAAUGGAAAGAUGAAACAGUAGGAAUAUAAUGUUCUUUUGCUUUUGGGCAAAGUGACCAAGUAUCCUUGCAUUGAACACUCUAAUGUAUGGCUUGCAUUGUUCUUUUUUCUGACACCACAAGUGUAUCUCAACCCAUGGACCGAGGAGUUAUAAAAUGUGUAAAGCUGAACUACUCUAAGCUCCUCAUGCAAUCUCUGGUAGCCAACAUGGAAGACCACAUGUUCUGCCACCAACUCGCCAAGUCCAUCUCAGUCCUUGAUGUUGUAAUUUACAUGAGUGAUUCUCAACCUAUGUCAGACUGCAGCCUGGUAAAUUCUUUUUUCUAUAAGAUGGCCUGGUAUUCUCAGAGGUGUAUAUGAAUGUUCUUUCUAUAUCUUUUCAUCAACCUAAACACCACUAUAGUUAUAACAGCAAACUUUAUUUCUUGUGAUGCGUUACCUGAAUGCCCUGACCUCGUCAGCAGUCUCAUCAGGAUGCUAAGAGACUGGUUCUCACUCUAUCAUGGUUUCACUCUAAACAUGUAAUUCAGAAUGGUAUAUGUUCAUAAAUUUACUAACCAUGGGCUUAGAGUGAUGCAGAAAUAAAAAAAAAAAGCUGGAGUUUUA